ACCAACGUCCCGCGAAUUCCGACGACGACUGCCGCCGCCGACGUCGGAGAGAGCUCGAAGACGCCGACGACGACGAUUCUUACUGCGCGUACGAUAUUUUUGUGCGCAGUCAAAACACCCACCUACGUUGCUUUCGUUGACUCCUCAAUUCAACGGGCAGGUAUACGCUAUAGAAAGAGAGGGUGACGUUUCGUGAACCGUGCCAGCGAGUUUCUGUACCGUUUCACCUCACCUCUCUCUGUCGAAGAGCUCUUGCUAUGGCUGGUUACUGGGGGACCCCGCCCGGAAACGGCCGCCGCCGGCCACCGCUCGCGAGACCCGCUUCGUGAGACGAACGGCGGAGGCAACGGCGGAGGCGCGAAAACGAGACAGGACCCGUUUCUCACUGUAUGAUUGUGUCUGUCCGACGCAAAUGGCAAUUCCCAUGAUGCUGUUGUGCUCGAUGUCACUCGUGCUCCUGAGCGGGUUCGCCGGCUCGGAGCCGACGCGGGACAGGCAGGCGCUCCUCGCCUUCGUCGGACAGAUCCGGCAGAGGGGCCGGGUGCGGUGGAACGACUCUGCCUCCGCCUGCGACUGGGUUGGGGUCAAAUGCGACCCGGGUCGGAGCUCCGUGCGUUACCUGCGUUUGCCCGGGGUGGGGCUCGUCGGCGAUAUCCCGCCGGGCACGAUCGGCCGGCUGAGCGAGCUCCGGGUCCUGAGCCUCCGCUACAACGGGCUCUCGGGUCGGGUCCCCUCCGACUUCUCCAACCUGACGAAGCUCCGCGGCCUCUACCUCCAGCACAACGCGUUCACCGGCGAGUUCCCGCCGGAGCUGACCCGACUGACCCGGCUGGUCCGGCUCGACAUCUCGUCGAACGGCUUCUCCGGCCAAAUUUCAUUCGCCAUCGACAACCUGGCCAGCUUGACGGGCCUGUUCCUGGAAAACAACAACUUCUCUGGCGAGCUGCCGAGCAUCAGUGCCAGCGGCUUGCGCAGCUUCAACGUUUCGAACAACCGCCUCAAUGGCUCGAUCCCCGCAAGCCUGUCCAAGUUCCCCGUGUCCGCAUUCGCCGGGAACCUCGCCCUCUGUGGCAGGCCGCUCGAGCCCUGCACGCCGUCGCCGUCGCCGUCGCCGGCGGCGACCCCUCCAUCACCUCGGAAGCAGCGCAACAGACUCUCCAGAACAGCGGUCAUCGCCAUCGCGGUCGGAUCCUCAUUGUUCGUGCUCCUCCUGCUCCUGCUCCUCUGCUUGCUCUGCUGCAGAAGACGGCGGAGGCAGCCGGCGAAGCCUCCAAAGCCGCCAGCAGCGACUGCGGUGGGACGCGGUUCUGCGGCGGCAGAGGGCGUGACGUCCUCGUCAAAGGAGGACAACACGAGCGGGUCCGCAGAAGCUGCAGAGAGGAAACAGCUAGUGUUCAUGGGAGGCCCAGGGGCUUUCGACCUGGAGGACCUGCUGAGGGCGUCGGCGGAGGUGCUGGGGAAGGGGGGCGGGGGGACGUCGUACAAGGCGGUGCUGGAGGAAGGGACGACGGUGGUGGUGAAGCGGCUGAAGGACGUGGCGGCGGGGAAGAGGGUGUUCGAGGAGCAUAUGGAGGCGGUGGGGAAGGUGAGGCACGACAACGUGGUGGAGCUGAGGGCGUACUACUACUCCAACAACGAGAAGUUGCUGGUCUUCGACUACUUCCCUCUGGGAAGCUUGGCUGCUCUUCUUCACGGUAGCAGAGGCUCGGGCCGGCCGCCACUCGACUGGGAGAACCGGCUGAGGAUCGCCAUCCACGCAGCGCAGGGCCUCGCCCAUCUCCACUCGUCGUCGGUCAAGUUGGUCCACGGCAACAUCAAGUCCUCCAACGUCCUGCUCCGACCCGACGGCACCGCGGCCGUCUCCGACUUCGGGCUCGGCCCGCUCUUGGGCCCAAACGCCUCCUCAUCCACCCGGGUAGUAGGCUAUCGUGCCCCGGAAGUCAAUGAGACGCGCAAGGCGACGUUCAAGUCCGACGUGUACAGCUUCGGUGUGUUGCUCCUAGAGCUUCUCACGGGGAAAGCGCCCAAUCAGGCAUUGCUCGGCGAGGAAGGUAUCGAUCUGCCCCGGUGGGUCCAGUCCGUGGUCACGGAGGAAUGGACGGCCGAGGUUUUCGAUGUGGAGUUGACGAGCGGCGGUUAUCAGGAGGACGAGAUGGUGCAGGUGCUGCAAAUCGCGAUGUCGUGCGUUGCCAUCGUACCAGAUCAGAGGCCUCGAAUGUCGGAGGUGGUGCGUAUGAUGGAGGAGAUGAGGACUAGGAGCGAAGCCGAGGAAGGGACCAGACCGCCGUCCGGCGAUCCAUCGAAAGGAUCGGACGGUCACGCUCCACCUAUAGAGAUGAAAACCCAGCCUGUAGGAUCCACAUCUUGAGCUUCACAUCCCUUGCAAUUCAAAAUGGAUUUUGGAGUGUUUUGAGAGAAGGCAAUUUUAUCCAUUCAAA